GAAAGUGCUACUGUAGGUCGGUUCACUGAGUCCGCCAGCAAGCUAGCGUUAGUUAGCCUUAGAGGUAACGCUGUUGAUGAUGUGAUGAUCUGGCACCAAGGGAGCAUGGACUAGCUAAAUGAUAGUCGAUCCGGUAUCUUGACAUCAUUGUCAAGCUGUGGACCGUUUCUGACUGUUGUAAUUAGCUACUUCAUUCAUGAGGUCGCUGGUGCACAGAGGAGUUUGAGCUCUCAGUCGCGGGCAAGCUCACGGGGACAGCACGGCUCACAGCAGAGUAAGAGCAUGGUGGUGCCAGAUAGUACCAGCGUGGUCCCUCAGCCUGACAAUGGCAGUCCCCCUGGCCUCACAGAGAGCUCCAUGCUGGGUUGCCACAAGGAAGAGGAGGGGGGUCAAGACCUGGCAGGGGUGGAGCUGGAGGAGGUCCGAAAGCUGCAGGAGCUUGUUCACAGGUUGGAGGUCCAGAAUGAGACCCUGCGCAACAGGGGGAGCAAGACUAUCAUCCAAAGAGGAGCCGGCACCAACAGCAACCUCCCAGCCGCUGUCAAUAUCAACGAGGGGCUGACUUGUAAAGACGUGACGAAGUCCCACCUCAGGUUGGAGCACAGUGGCAAACUGUGCAGUACAGACUUUGAGCUGUCACCCCCACAGGACAGCAGCAGCAGUGAAGAGAUGUCCCCUCUGCCUGUGGCUAACAGGCUGGAGGAAGAGGAGGAGGUUGAAGAUGAGGAUCAAGGUCCAUGUGGGGGCUUUCUCACGUUGGCCUGUAGCAAUGGAGCAGGAAAGGCCCAGACACCAGAGAGCCCUUCUCAGGAAAGUUAUGAGUCAGAGACCCUUGCAGAGAGCGACUCAGGAGUGGACCAAACUGCACUAGAUGAGGUGGAUGUCCUAGAUUUGGAGGAUGAGUAUGGAGAAGUAGAGGACGAGAACAGCUGGCUAUAUGUGUCUCCUAAAAAGCAAGUAGCAGAUCCAGACCCAGAGUCUCCAUUGAAGUGGUGUCGUCAGGCUCUUGACCAGCGCAGCCCAGAGACAGAAAUGGCUUGUCGGACCCUGAUCAGCCGUUUGGACCAGACAUCUCGAUGGAGGAAUAUGUACAGCAGCCCGUCAGCCGAGGCAGGCUCUGGCCCAAUCUCUCCUGGGUACCACAAAUCAACUAACAAAUCCCUACUAACCUGUGGCAGCUCAGGAGUCACAAGCGUGCGCUCAGCCCUGAGUUCACAGUCCUCCAUAGACAGUGAGCUCAGCACAUCAGAUGAAUCCAUCUCUAUGGGCUACAAGCUGCAGGACCUCACUGAUGUCCAGAUCAUGGCUCGGCUACAGGAAGAGAGUCUGAGGCAGGAUUAUGCUUCCAGCUCAGCAUCUGCGUCACGCCGUAGCUCCACAACCUCUCUGCAGUCCUUGCGCCGGGGUGGCACCUACAGCGACCAGGAAUUUGACAGAUACAGCCUGGAAGAUGAAGAGGAUGAGCCCUGCUCUGUGCCCCAGAGACAACGUCGAUUUACCCCUUCACCCUUAGGCUCACCCCGGUGCCUGUCUCCUUCUGCCCCCAACCACAGUCAGGAACACAGCAGCCGACUUGCAGCCCCACGUACAAGAACACCUAGACGAUCUCUCCAGGGCCCCAGUGCAGAGCUGCUUAAAUUUGCCAAGAGUGAGGAGGAGUUGAGGCACAGCAUGCCUAAUCUGGCCCCUCGCACCAGCCUACGUUCCCUGGAGGCGGUCAGAAACAGCCGCAGCAUGGAGGCUAACCUCCAGAGCUCUGGCAACCGCAUGUCCCACCUGACUCACUCCCCUUCCACAGGUCUGGUUUGUAAUCGGCUGCGUGCCAAUGGCCAGUCUCCUCUCUCCUUGAGGACUCCGGUUAAAGCUGUCACUCCAGUAGGCUCAAUGGCAGCUGGUCGUCAGCCUUCCAGAGGUCUGCCUGUCAUCCAAGCACCAUCUGCGGGAGGGGGCCGCAGGGGCCAGAGCCCAGGCUCUGCCAAUGGCGCAGGCUACAUACCUGGUAGACCCUCAGCUGCUGGGACAGGGAGGCCUGCUAUGGGCGGAGAACCAGGUGUUCCAUCAGGAUCCACCAGGAGCAAACUUGCACAACCCACCACUAAGAGGUCUUUGGGCAUGACUAAAAUCUCAGACGAAUCCUGGAAAGAUGGCUGUUACUGAAUCUGACCGGUCAUGAAGGAUGUUGACUGCUGCAGCCCUCACCUGGACCACUCCUUAUUACCUUUCAGAGUACAGAACAGCACAACCACUGUGUCCACAAAUGUGUCGUACAUCCCUUGGGGUCCCCUGUUUCAUACUGGAGCGCUGGGCUAACACUGGAUUAAUAGUUAAGACAUCUCUUUCCUUUGCAUGAAACAUUGUCAACCCACACUCAGAGAAGAUGUGUAGGCAGUCAAAAUGCACACAUGCACACUCCACUUGUUCUAUGGACCAACUUGGAGCUUCCAGAAGAUUUAUUUGUGUCAACUUUACUUAUUUUUCUAUGGUAGUUGUGAGAAACUGCUGGGAUAUUAAGGGUUGUAAUUACUUUUCUGUUGAUGUAAUUGAUAUGAAGAUUUUGCUGGACUGUUAAUUUUCUGUGUCACUUCCUACUACAUGAAGGUGCUGAGUGUUGCAUGCUUGUUUUUUCUUACAACCUGUUCAUUAUAUAACUGCAAUAUGACUAAUUCCAUGUGACCCACAAUCCCUGUGAAUUUUUGAAUGUUUGAGGUUUAUAGUGAAUUUAGAUUUGCGUUGUAUUUGUUUUGGUUUUCACUUGCACAGUAGUGCAACCCCCUGUAAACCACACUGCCCUUAAAUAAUAUAAAAAGGAAGAAGCGGGUGUGUGUGGGGGGAGCAAUGUGCAUUUAAGGUGCAACACUUUCUAACUUCAGAAGUAAUCUAGAGUCAUUAAAGGUACUGGUGAGGUACUGUGUUUACCAGGCAUUUCUACUGCAUAUCUAGAGGUGCAUUUGAGUGUCUGGUUUUGGAUACUGCUGUAAUAAAUCUAAAUAAGAGUAUGCACGAAGGCUUUGUGCCUUAGCUGUGCACCCUCAUGCAGAGUGCCGAAAAUUAGAAGCUGUAAUGAAAAUGAAUAAAGUCUACCC